CCCGUGCCCGUGCCCGUGGACGAGGACGAUGGUGGCGGCCCGGGGCGCUGCCGCCCGCUGCGGAGCGCUGCUGCUGCUCGCCGCCCUCGGAUCCUUCCGUCCGCGCCUCGCCCGUGCCGCAUCAUGUCCCCGGAGCCUGGACUGUGCCCUGCAGCGCCGAGAGUUCUGCCCGCCGGGGUCAGGUGCCUGUGGGCCCUGCCUGCCCCCCUUCCAGGAGGAUGACCACGGCCGCUGUGUCCAGAAGCAGCUCUCACCCAGUGGACGGACCUCCAUUCCCAGCUUGGAGGCAGAAAUUGAUUUUCUUGCGGAUGUGCUGGCCAGGCAGGAGGCUCCUCGCCACCACCCUCUACAGGAUGGCAGACCCAGGACCACCCUGGUGCCUGACCGUGGCGGACAGCGUGCAGGCAGUGGGCUGAGAGGGGGGCAUCUGCAGCAGGGUCCUGCUGGCACCAUGGCAGCCACCACCCUUCCCACCACUGCCACGGUCCAGAAGUACCCGGUGGAGGCAUCUCCCAUCCCUGCAAAUGACAACAUGGUGCUUGGGCUGAUUGUGGUGUGCACAGUGGCCGGAAUCUCAGCGCUGAUCGUGGCGGCCAUCUGCUGGUGCAGGCUGCAGAAGGAGAUCAGGCUGGCACAGAAAGCAGAGUAUUCAGCCCAGCGAGCAGCCAGCCCCCUGCCCUAUGACAAGAUCUCGGUAAGGCGCCCAUGUCCCUCCCUGUGGAGUGUUUGGCACUCAGGCCCCAGUGCUCUGCUGGAGGGAUUCCCACACAGUAGAGGUCCCCCACCAGCCAGGCUGGGGCCCUCCAAAGCCCAACCUCCUCAGCUAUUCCUGCUCUCUCCACAGCCCGGGGACAAGACGCUGGCUCAGAGUGCCCAAAUGUACCACUACCAGCACCAAAAGCAGCAGAUGCUCUCCCUGGAGAAGCAUAAAGAGGAGCCCAAGCUGCCAGACCCAGCAUCAUCUGAUGAGGAGAAUGAGGAUGGAGACUUCACCGUGUAUGAGUGCCCUGGGCUGGCUCCGACCGGAGAAAUGGAAGUGAGAAACCCACUGUUUGAUGACUCCUCCUUACACCCCUCCAACCCGAAGUCGCACCAGUAACCACCCCAUCUCCUGCACCCGAGCUUGCUACAGACUGUGCCCGCGGCCGUGCCCGGCGGGGUGGCUGUGCCGGAGGGGCACCCACAGCUGGGCCGAGGGACGCUGACCCCGCGCUGCCAGACUGUUCGACGCCUGCCCAAUAAACACCCACUAACAGCUAUGGGGGGGGAUUGCCCCCGUUUCCAGCGUCCUUGUCCUCUUUGCUGCUGUGACCGCGUCCCUGCGUAGCCCUUCGCUCACAACUCUCGUGGCGCAGGGGGCGGCUGCUUUGGCACAGAAAUUGUUGGGGGCGCUGCCCUGGCACUGUGCCUUUGUAGUUGGCUUUCAGGAGGGGGCUGCUGCCUUGGCUGCAGCAAGGCUGAUGCAUAGCAGCUGGGAAGGAGUCAGAGAGAGGGUCAGAAAGCAGAAGAGGGCCAGGAGGGCUGGGCAUGGUCAUGCCUGGUAUCAGGGCUGACAGCCUGCCCAGAGCCCAUCUGCCAGGGAUGGAGCCUUUCCCUGGAGCAGGUGUCAUCACUAAGGGCUUCAGUGCCCAUUCUGCCUCCUCCACCCCAGCCUGGGCAGCUCCUGGCAGCAGGAUAGUGCUCUAGGAGCCAAUAGCAGGAGCAGGAGAAGCUCGAGCAGGCACUGACAUCACUCCCCAGGAUGCUCCUUCAGCUGCUGCCCUGUGCUCUGACCCCUUUUCGGGUGCUGGGCUUCAGGACAGUCCCAAUGCCACUGUGAUCUGGGAGCCCAGUCUGUGCUGGCAGAGGAUGGGCUCUCUUACCACAGGCCUCAGUGGAGUAAAAGCUCAAGAAAAAGUGUUCAAGGUUUUGUUUUUAAGAUUAUGUGGCUGUGGGGGAGGCAGGAAUAGGGCUGGAAGGAGCUGGGGUGGCUGAGAGGGGCAGCCAUGGCAUGGGGGCUUUGCUGUGCUGCCUCAAACCCCACAAAGCUCAUGCCCUGGCAGCAUCCCUGUGGAGCCUGGCACUGUGUGUUCUCUGAGAAUCCCUCUGUGGCAGGCAACAGUCUCCACUGCUCCAUCCCAGGCACCUCUUGGGUCUCAGACCCUCUGCACCUCUCCGUUGCCCAUGUCCAGCCUCACCAGCCCUCACCAACAUGUUCUUGCUUGGAGCCCAGUGCUCUUCCUCAAACCCUCCCAGGUGCAUAGGCCAUGGACCCCUCCAGUGGAAGACCCAGAACAGGGUUUGGGUUACUUUAUCCUGUGGCUUCAUGUCCAGACCCUGUUGUGGACUGUCACAGCCACAGGUGACCUCUUGUGCUCACUGGAGCCGUUGUACAUGGACAGGGCAGGCAGCAGUGGCAGGGAUGUGCUGGUGAGUGAUGGUGGCAUGGGACCAUCCCUGUCCCUGGUGGGGUAGCUGACAGAGGCCAUCAUGGCACAGAUUCUGUCCCUGUGUCCUGCACUCCCCCUCCCCUGGGCUGCUGCCACUCUCCCCACACCUCUUGUCGUUGUUGUAUGAAUUGUAGUUAUUUUAAAAGGAGAUUUUAUUAAACGACGAUGUUUGAGACCCA